AUGUCUAGCCCAAACUCAAAACCAACAAUCCCUGCCCCCGAGCCUCCCCCCAAGCGUCGCAGAGUCCACGACGACGACGAUGACGACGACGACCAAAGCCGGCAAACCACCCCCCCCUAUCGCUCCCCUUCAACCAAUAACCGAGCAGGAAACUCCCCCUCUGUCAGUGUCCAUCUCCCCGAACAGAACCUCUCCAUCCGUCGGGGGCGACCAAGCAGCCUCCCUCGAAGCCGAAGCCGAAGCCGAGAACGAAACAGAGACCGAGACCGCAGCCCUGCUGCCAUGAACGACGACGAAAACCGGAGUCCGUCGGAGAAAGAAAAACAGCCGCCGCUCAAACCUAACUACAAACCCCGUCUCCUCCUGCAAGGCCAUACCGCGGCUGUUUCACAAGCCCGUAUCUCUCCCGACGGGAGGUGGAUCGCCACUGCCAGCGCGGACGGCACAGCCAAGAUAUGGGAUGCCGCCACUGGGCAACAUGUCGAUACAUUAGUAGGCCACAUGGCGGGGAUAUCCUGCGUCGCAUGGGCUCCCGACAGCCGGACACUGGCGACAGGGUCGGAUGACAAGUCCAUCCGGCUAUGGGACCGCGUAACGGGACAGCCCGCCCACGCCGUUACCCUCGUCCGGGCGGCAGCCCGAAGCGCGGGGAGCGCCAACGCCGGGAAGGGGAGAGGUCGCGGUCGCGGAAGGGCGAAAGAAAAGAACGGAACCGGCUCUGGUCCUGGAGAAGGGAAGGACGGAGUUCGAGGCGGGAGGACGGGCAAGCAAGCUCUUCUGGGGCACCAUAACUACGUGUAUUGCCUCGCAUUUUCGCCGAAGGGGAAUAUCCUAGCCAGCGGGAGCUAUGAUGAGGCCGUAUUUCUGUGGGAUGUGAGGGCUGGACGGCUGAUGAGGAGUCUGCCCGCGCAUAGUGACCCCGUGAGUGGGGUCGAUUUUUGUCGGGAUGGGACGUUGGUGGUUAGUUGCUCGACCGAUGGGUUGAUUCGGAUUUGGGAUACCCAGACGGGGCAGUGUUUAAGGACGUUGGUGCAUGAGGAUAAUCCUGCUGUUACCAACGUCUGCUUUAGUCCUAAUGGCCGGUUUGUGCUGGCUUUUAACCUCGAUAACUCUAUCCGAUUAUGGGACUAUGUACAGGGGACGGUUAAGAAGACUUAUCAAGGGCAUACGAACCAGGGAUUUUCCAUUGGUGGGUGCUUUGGUAUCCUCACCGACGUCGAUAACAGAAACAGCCCACGAAAUGAAGAGGAGCAAAAUGGCAGAAGUAUACGUCGACAACCGUUCAUUGCCUCGGCCAGCGAAGAUGGGGAUAUCGUCAUGUGGGACGUCAACUCGAAGCAGGUGGUACAGAGGAUCAAGGGGGCACAUAAAGGAGUGUGCUUCUGGGUUGAUGUGAAUGGCGGGACGAUGGUGAGUUGUGGACAGGAUGGAGCUGUGAAGGUCUGGAGGCAUGUUCCUCCUAGGAUGAAGAUUAAGAGGGAAGAGAAUGGGGUCGACGGGGAAGGGGAUGUGACAAUGGCAGAUGGGUCGGUGAGUGGGAGAGUUAGGGAAGAGGAGGUGUGA